ACAAUGUUGUGCAUCAAAUCAUUGCCUAUUCUCCUCAUUUUUUCAACAUUCAUUUCUGUCUCUCUUGGAACUUCUCAAAUUCAACUCCAAUCAACCCUCCAUUUUCAAGGAAUUAUCGAGGAACGCGAAUACGAUGUACUUUCAUCAGCAACGAAGAAGCGGUUUGUUCUCGAAGGAGAUAAUGUUGAAUUUUCUGAUAACAAGUCUAUGAUUUUAGCUGCAAAGAGGACUCAUAGGAAAGACCCUUUUGACAAUUUUAAGUACUACAAAGGUGGAUGGAACAUAAGUGAAAAACAUUAUUUCUAUUCUGUUGCCUUUACUACAGCUCCUCUGUUCAUCCUUGCUAUGAUAUGGUUUCUUGGAUACGCCGUAACCUUAUUGAUCAUCUGUAUUCGUCGCUGCUGCUGCAAGUUCAAGAAUUACGACUAUUCUCGAACAGCUUACGUCCUUUCUCUUACAUUUCUCAUAUUCUUCACAGUUUCUGAAAUUAUUGGGUGUAUUGUUCUUUACACUGGACAGGAAAAGUUUCAUGAUAGUUCAACAAGUACACUUAAAUUUGUUGUUCAUCAGGCAGAUAAUACUGUUGACAAUCUCACUAUUGUGUCGGAGAAUCUAUCCGCUGCGAAGGGCGUUGGAAUAGAUCAAUUUUCGCUACCUUCCCGUGUGCAAAACAGUAUCAACAAAGUUAAUGAUAUGAUAAAUUCGUCGGCGACUACUCUGCGGAAGACGACUGAUGAAAAUUCAGAUCAGAUACAGAAGGCUUUUGAUGCUGUACGGGUGAUUCUAAUCAUAGUUACUGCUGUAAUGCUCCUUUUGGCUCUUCUUGGUUUAUUGGUUUCAGUUUUUGGAUAUCAAACUUUGGUUUACAUAUUAGCAACUUUAGGAUGGAUCCUUGCUACAAUCGCAUUGCUUUUAUGCUGUGUAUUUCUCAUUCUUCAUAAUGUAGCUGGAGAUACAUGUGUGGCCAUGGAUGAGUGGGUUCAAAAUCCGACGGCUCGUACAGCUCUGGAUGACAUUCUGUCGUGUGUGGAUAAAGCAACUGCCCAACAAAUCUUGUCGGAAAGCAAACAAGUUACAUUUCAGCUUGAUCUUGUCGUUAAUUCCUUCAUUAACAAUGUCUCCAAUGUCGACCCACCGAAAAACCUGCCGCCAAAUCUGCCACCAGAACUUAAAAAAUUGUACUAUAAUCAAUCUGGUCCGUUGGUUCCUGUACUUUGUAAUCCAUUCAAUUCUGAUAUGACUCCGAGAAAAUGUGCUGCUGGUGAAGUAGACUUCGGCAAUGCAUCACAGGAAUGGAGCAAGUACAUCUGCCAAGUUUCAUCAAACGGUAGUUGCACCACAAUAGGCCGAUUGACACCAAAAUUCUACAACCAGAUGAUAUACGCUAUGAACGUGAGCUAUUCCCUUUAUCACUACGGUCCGUUUCUGGUAGAACUCGUCGAUUGCUCAUUCGUACGUCAAACUUUUACGGGUAUCAUCGAACACCAUUGUCCGGGCCUUAAUCGGUACAGUGGAUGGGUCUUUAUUGGAUUUGUAAUGGUUUCAGUUGCUGUUAUGAUUUCUUUAAUCUUAUGGGUGUUGUAUGCAAGAGAGAGACGUCAAAGGUUGUCUAGCAAGCAGUUUGUAGUUCUCUCUUCUCAGAAUUCUGUAGGAGUACAGAGUCGUGUGCAGUAAGUUUUGGAGAUUUUACUAUACACAUAGUAAGUUUACUUUUUCAAGCCUUGUAUUAUACAAAAAAAAAUGAUCAUUACAUAGAGAUAAAAUACUGUUAGCUGUUUGUAGUUAU